UGAAAAAUUUUCCCGAGAAACAAUCACCAUCAUGCUUUUCUUCAUCUCCGAAUAACCACCCCCGCAUCCCAACAUCACCCAAUUCACGCCGCUCACUGCGUUUUCUUCUUUCUUUCUUUCUUUCUUAUUUAUUUAUUUAUUUAUUUUUUUAAUUAAUGGGAUGUACUAACUCGAAGCCAGAUGAGCUCCCGGCGGUGGCUCUCUGCCGUGACAGAUGCUCGUUUCUCGAUGAAGCUAUUCAUCACCGUUACGCUCUGGCGAAAGCUCAUGUUGAUUAUAUGCAGUCCUUGAAGUUGAUUGGUCGCUCCCUGCGUAACGUUCUCGAGCAUGAUUUUGGUCGGUUUGCUGGCUCCGUUGGGGGGCCGCCGUCUCCGAAGCUGAAUCUGCCUCCGAAGAAGAAAGGGGAUCCGUUAGAAGAUGGACCGAGCUCACCCAAGAAAGCUGCUGUAUCUCACCAUUCGCGUUCCAAUUCUGGGCACAUUCAAUUUCCCACUGAUUCCGAUGAUGAGGACUCCAAAACUCACUCUCUUCAACAUUCUGAUCACUCCUCGCCGUUGCAUAGCUACGAAGGCGGUCUUACAGAAUAUGGGACGACGGCGGAUUAUCCGAAUUAUCCGAAUUAUCUGAAUUACCCGAAUUACCCGAAUAUGGGUGAAGAACCUGCCUCGUUUACAGGUGGGCCUAUGCAGAUGAAUUACAUGAGGAAUAAGGCGACGCCAUCGGUGGUUCACCAGCAUAGACCAAUCAGUCCGGAGAAGGGGCGUAUGGAGUUUGGGGAAUCUUCAUCCUCUUCAUACUAUCCUUACCCUUCUUACCCAAACAAUAAUCCUGGUUCUAGUUCUUACCCUUAUGCUGGAGAUGGCAACUACGGUAAUUUCUACAAUUACCCUUCUUACGGAUCUACCUCGCCGCUUCCGUCAACGGCGGUGGCGUCGUCCUCGAAGCCGCCACCCCCUCCAUCCCCACCGAAACCUUCCCCUUGGGAGUUUUUCAAUCCGUUUCUGAACUAUGAUAGGUACCAUACUUCGUACACGCCAGGUAGGAACUCGAUAGAUGUGAGGGAGGCGGAAGGUAUUCCUGAUUUGGAGGAGGAUUACCAACAUGAAGUAGUGAAAGAAGUACACGGAGAUCAGAAAUUCGUGGGUAGCUAUGGUUAUUCCAAGUCCCCUGUGGAUGGUGAGGAUGGGAAGGUCUUGGGUGGUACUGGUGAGGUAGAGGCCUCGUUGUACAAGGCGAGGCCAAGGGUGGGCACGGACAAUGAUGAAGAGGAGUAUGAGGUGCAUGUUGUGGAGGAAAACGUUGUGAAUGAUGAGAAGUCUGAGGAGCAUGGUAAUGGGGCUCGUAGUGGUCUACGGGAUGUCUCUGAGGUAGCCAGAGAGAUUGAGGUUCAGUUUAUGAGAGCUUCCGAAUCAGGGAAUGAAAUUGCCAAGAUACUUGAGGUGGAGAAGUUUCACUAUAAACGUAAACAUGUUUCUUCCAAGAUGUUGCGUGUAGUUUCACCUUCCUUAUCAGUAGUAUCAUCUUCCUCCAAGACGGGAAAGCCUUCAUCCUCUACUGAGGACGCCAGUCCUGCUAUUUUAGACUUACCUGAAGAUUUGGCUAAAGGGUCCAGAAAUCUAUCUUCUACUUUGCACAAGCUGUACCUAUGGGAGAAGAAACUGUACAACGAAGUUAAGGCCGAGGAGAAGAUGAGGGUACUUCAUGAUGCAAAGUGUCGUAAGCUUAAACGUUUGGAUGAAAAGGGUGCUGAGCCUCAAAAAGUUGAAUCAACUCGAACUGUAAUUAGGAGUUUAUCCACAAAAAUGCGAAUUGCAAUUGAGGUUGUGGACAAGAUAUCUGUGACAAUCAAUAAGAUCAGGGAUGAGGAAUUGUGGCCACAACUAAAUGAACUCAUUCAAGGGCUGAACAGAAUGUGGAAAAGUUUGCUUGCCUGCCAUCAUAAUCAAUGUGAAGUUAUCAGGGAAGCCAAAAAUUUUGGUUCCAUGGGAUCUGGCAAAAGGCUUAGUGACACUCAUCUUGACGCUAUGAUGCAGCUGGAGCAUGAACUUAUCGAUUGGACUUUCCGAUUCUCUAGUUGGGCAGGUGCCCAGAAGAGUUAUGUCAUGGCCUUAGAUGAAUGGCUUUUUAAAUGCCUCCAUUAUGAACCAGAAAACACAGAAGAUGGAGUUAUUCCCUACUCACCUGGUAGGUUAGGUGCACCCCUUGUAUUUGUGAUCUGUCAUCAAUGGUCACAAGCUUUGAAGAGAAUAUCUGAGAAGGAAGUGGUCGACUCUAUGCGGCUUUUUAUCAAGGAAGUGUACCAGCUCUUGGACCAAGAUAAGGGUCUGAGGAUGAUGGCAAAUAAGGAUUUGGAGAGAAAACUUAGGACCUUGGACAGAGAGGAUCAGAGGAAGAAAAAGGGGAUCCAGGCAUUGGGCAAGAAACUUGUACAGGAUUCCAGGGAUGGUAACAGCCUCUCAGUGCCUGGACAUGCAGUAUAUCAGAGUGAUGCUAGAAAUGGUGAUCUACAGGGCAGCCUGUUACGUAUUUUUGAGGCGAUGGAGAGGUUCACUGCUGAAUCCUCAAAAGCUUAUGUGGAGCUCUUGCAACGUACUGAAGACGAAACAGUUGUUCAAGCAUGAAUCAGUGUCAUAAAGGCUGUAAAGUCAAAUGGAAUUAUGGCAUCCCCUUUGUAUCCAUGAUCUGGUUUACCAUAUACUCUCUGCAGCCCUAUUAAGCGAAUUGCAUGAAGCUAAGUGGAGCUUGAAGGAGUCUCAUAAUGGUCAGACUGACUGAUUGUUUGUCUCUUGUGCAAGACUUGGCUAUGAAUUGGAUGAAGGGGUAAAUUAAGUAGCAGAGCUAGCCUUAUUGUUGGCUUAGAUCUUGGGAGGAUCAUAUUAUAAAUUUUGAGGGCUAUCAUUUUUCUCUCAAGUGCCAGCAGUUUUUAUAUAAUUCAGAAGCAAGGACAUGGUGAGGUACAAAACAGAGUGGCACCCCUGAACUCUAGAACCAAAGCUGAUGCUAUGACAAAUUUGACUAUGGAUGUGCUAAAGGGAUUGGGGCUGACGCAUUUAAUUAUGGUGCCUGUGAAUGGAACCCUCACCAUGCCAGUCAUUGGGAGUAUGAACUAUGUACCAGCCUUGCUUUGACACUUGAAAAUAGUCUGGCAUCCUUCGGACCUCCUCUAAUGAAAGAGCACAAUGUGGCCAAACCCUCAGAGGAAGCUGGAUCCUCUGUAAGUUUUGUAGAACAGGUUUUUGGGCUACUUUAGAGUAACGCAAGUCACCUAAAUGCCCAAUUAUCAGAUGUUGUAGAAUGAAAGGUUUUUCACCUGUCCUUCUAUGAACAGAGGAAGAUUCAGUCCCAUGCAGAGGCACUAUGAAUAGAGGUUGGUGUGGUAAUGGAUCAAAUGAUUUUUUCUGGGGACAGGGAUGAUUUGUUCAAGAGUUGGAUCAGAGUUGGAUCGAUAGCUCUUGUUCAAAGUGCCUUCAAUGCCAUUAUUUACGUCACCUUUGCAUGUAAAUUACAUAUCUCCUCUCUUUUUUUUGGUACCUGAAUAGAAAUUAAGCUCUCUUUACUGUAUAAUAAUACCCGGUUUAACUU